AUGUCAAUUCCGCUCACUCACGAAUUUUCAAGCAACAUAUUGGCGCAGGGAUUUCCGCUUGACGCACACAAGCUGACGCAAUUUCUCACUCGCCACUGUGGAUAUAUUGAAUUCUUUCGCUGUUGUCAUCACUACUUGGACUCAAGCGACGUGGAAGCUUUCCAAGAUGCAGGUUGGGACGUCAGGCAUAAGAGCGCACCCGAACACCGCACGUUGGAGAAAUUGUUCAAGCAUGACCUGUCAGAUGAUAGAAGCGGCGUCCUUGGCGAGGGAAAGAAAGCACUACUGUUAGUGGAUAUCAACACACAACUUCAGCAGCUGAAAUCAGCGUUUGAACUUCAGCUGCGUGAGCAACGCAACGGGUUUGAUGCUGAGUACAGACGGCUUCAAGAUGAUUUCGAGACUCGGCUGCGCAAACAGGAAGACGCCUUCGCAGCACUCAAAAGGCAAUAUGAGAAGGAGAAUGAACAGCCGCUGUGUAAACCGCAGAUUGAAAAUGUGAAAAAUAUAUUUCACGCCACGUUGCGAAUGUGCGCGGGGAACAGAAAGAUGAAGCUCAGCAGCAAUAUGACAAGUGAUAAAGGGAAGCAGCAAGCACGAUACCGCACUUGA